AUGGAUAUUUUUUGUUGGAACGUUAGAGGGUUCAACGACAAAAUAAAACGUUGCGGAUUUAGGAAAUGGUUUCGUUUGAAUAAGCCAAUUUUUGGUGGCCUGUUGGAGACGCAUGUCAGUAGUAUCAAGGCUGUGUCAAUCAUCAACAGAGUCUUCCCCAGCUGGCAUUACGAUUGUAAUUACGAAUUUUCGGAUUUAGGAAAAAUCUGGUUGUUGUGGCACCCAUCAGUCUCGGUUUCGGUGAUCCACAAAUCCCUCCAAAGCAUUACGUGCAAAGUGAAACUCCCUUUUGUCUUAGCGGAGUUUGUUGUCACCCUAGUUUAUGGAUCUAACUGCAGAAAAGUGCUUAGAGAGUUAUGGUCUGAAUUAUGCUACCUAUCUACUUCUCCUUCCAUUGCUCAAGCUCCUUGGACAGUGUUAGGCGAUUUCAACCAAAUCUUAGAUCCUUCUGAGCACUCUUCGGCAUCUGCAGCCUCUUCAUCUCGUGGUAUGAGAGAUUUUCUAAACUGCUCAAUCUCAUCGGCACUGUCUGACUUGCCGUUUUGUGGGAACACGUUCACCUGGUCAAAUAAACAAGGUGCCUCGGUUGUUGCCAAGAAAUUAGACAGAAUCCUGGUUAAUGAUAUGUGGCUCUCCUCCUUUCCCAAUGCCCUUGGUGUCUUUGGUGAUCCAGGCAUCUCCGACCACAGUCCAUGCUGCGUUUUCCUUGAUACUUCCAGACCCAAGCUGAAACAUCCUUUUAAAUUCUUCUCGAUGUUGAAUGCAAAUCCCGAGUUUAAGGUUAUUUUCUCUGAGUGCUGGAAGUCUUUGCCCUUUCAAGGUACUAGUAUGCUGAGAGUCUCCAAGAAACUAAAAGAAUUGAAGAGUAUCAUCAGAACUUUCAGUAAGGAUAACUAUUUUGGUAUAGAAAAACGUGUGACCGAGGCGUUUGAGGAGCUCUCUCACUGCCAGCAUGCUCUGCUCUCAAGGCCUUCACCUCAAGCUGGUUUGAAUGAAAGAAAAGCAUAUGAAAAAUGA